GUUGUCAAAAGAAAUGUUCACAUCUUUCUGUAGAUGUAACGUGACACAUACGUGUGUAAUAUAUGUAAAUAAAGCAACCAAACCAAAUUUUAUCAAGAGGAAUGCAAUCCGCAAUAUUCUAAAACAUCCAUGUCUUCACAAUGCUUUAUCCAACGACCGAAGAGAAGCAAGUGACAAGGUACACUUUUACCAAGAUCAAGAGGACUCGUACAGAUCUUACCUCCCUCAGUUCUAUAUGUGAUCGCAAUCGUCAGCUCGGAAGAUGGGUUCCCUUUGGCGGAGAAUGAAACCGAAUUGUUGGAUUGAUACGUUAUCUAUAAUAUACGCACAAAUCAUGAUCCAUUCUGGCCUUGUAUAUGGAGAAUUCAUGGUUCUCCCAUGGCUAAUAGAGACAUACAAGGUUGGACUGGUAAAAAUUUGCCUGUAUCAUAUGUAUGCAAUUUUUAUUUACUUCAACGUUAUUGGACGAAUGUGGAAAAUCUGCUCAACUAAUACGUCGACUGUUGGAAAAAUUUUACCGACAUUGUUAAAACCAGGUUGGUACUAUUGUACAAUAUGUGAGGCCAACUCUCCACCUCGUGCAUUCCACUGUAGAACAUGCAAUAAAUGCAUCCUGAAGCGUGACCACCAUUGCAUGUUCACUGGCAAGUGUAUCGGCUACUUUAACUAUGGCCAUUACCUGCUACUUGUCUUCUACGUCUGGCUUGGCACAAUGUUCGCCGUUGUCAUGGGCUUUGAGUUCACCUGGAGUUAUGUGCUGGGAGGAUUCUCAUUCUGGAGUGUUAUCUACUUUAUCUUCCCAUUGAUAUGCUUUGUGACGGGACAGUUGAGUUUCUACACUUCAGCGGCAUCAUUCCUGUGUUUGCUAGCAUCUGUCUUUUUCAUAUUGCUGACAUUUCUGAUGAUCUACCAUGCUAAACAUGUGUAUUAUGGGCAGGUCACCUAUGAAAGAACUCAUAAAAUUUAUGCAUAUGAUCUUGGCUGGAAAGUCAAUUUCAUUUCAGUAUUUGGAUCAAAAUGGCAUAUUUCUUGGAUAUUUCCUACUAUUGAGUCUCCUUUACCAGGAGAUGGAAUAGAAUUUGUUAGGAAAGAAAACUAUGAAAGUCCAAAGACUAUGUGAUCUUAUUUAAAUACUAUUUCACUACAACAUUACCAAUAUCAUCUCCCAACCCACUGUGUUGACCAUAACACCCAAUUUCCCAUAUUUUUUUACCAUGAUUUCCUUUUUUCUUAUUGUAAAUACAUGUAAUAGCUAAGCAGGCAUGUCAUACAAUCACAAUAAUAAUCAGGGUCAAAAAUGUAUCAAGAACUUUAAUGGGAUCCGAAAUCUAGGUCCAUAUUCAUAAAUCCAUUAUCACCCUCAAGGUUUGUGUGUGACCAUCUUUAUUACAUGUAUAAAUCACAUGCAUGUACCAGUAUCUAAUAUACAAUUGGAUGAAAAAGUAACGCCUAUUAAUAGAAUGCUACAUUAUACUGAAAUACUACACAUAAAAUACUAUCAAAUGUUGAGUUUGAGAACCGAUUCAGAGUUUGUGCAUGAUGUAUAUGCUGCAGCAUUACAAUCUGUAUUGCACUAACAGGGUCAGUAGGAAGCAGCUACAUGUAUCUAUAUCGCAAUAAACUCGCAUAAUAAGCCCA